AUGUUAUUUCUCUUUGUGAUUAACAGAUAUUUAGUAUUCAAAAGUUAUAGAAGACGAAGAAUUUUGGGUUUGGUUUUGAAAACUAAGGAGUCCCAUAGUGACCACACAUCCGCCAGCUUAUCGGAAUGCGUAAAACAAGAUACCUGUGAUAUUCCAAUGUUUCAGAAAAUAAGUCAAGAGAAUAUAGAAAAUAUUAACCCAUGCGAUACAGAAGUAUACGAUAAUAGCGUACGAGAGCGAAGAUUGUGUACUAGAGAUGAUCCAAUUAUUAUUUCUCCUCGAUACACUGAUGAGAGUGAUUUAGAUGACGAUAUAAAGGACCCAACUUACAACUUUGAGGACAAAUUUACUAACUUUUCUGGUCAUAUAAAUAAGAAUUAUUUAUUACCAUCGCGUUCGAACUCAGAUACUGAUUCUACAGACCAGCACGUCAAAGCAGAUCGCAAAAGGCGGAAACGUCCAUAA